AUGACGGACACCAAAUAUGCGGGCCUCUCCCCCGCCCUCGUAGAGACCGUCGCCGGGCUCUCGGCCGGGUCCAUGGCCACCCUAGCCGUGCAUCCACUUGAUAUCGUCAAGACGCGCAUGCAAGUUUACCGCAGCACCUACACCUCCUCCCCAACUCCCCUCACCACAAUCGCCAUCCUCCGAGCUCUCCUCCAGACCGACCGGCCUGUGUCAGCCCUCUACCGCGGUUUGACUCCAAACUUACUAGGAAACGCAACGAGCUGGGCCUCAUUCUUCUUUUUCAAGUCCCGUUUUGAGCGCGCCAUCGCAUGUAUCCGCUCCUCAGCAACCCGAGAUGGCCAAAAGAGGGGAAAUCACCGAUUAACCCCCCUAGAUUUCUUCCUAGCCUCCCUCCUCUCUGGCAUAGCCACACAACUCCUCACCAACCCGAUCUGGGUUCUCAAAACCCGCAUGCUCGCCCUCGACGCAUCCGCCCAAGGCGCAUACCCCUCCAUGCUCUCUGGCGCUCGGCAACUCCUACGCGACGAGGGCUGGAAAGGCUUCUAUCGCGGGCUGGGCGUCGGUAUGCUAGCCGUCAGCCAUGGCGCGGUACAAUUCGCUGUUUACGAGCCGGGACGGAGGCUGUGGGUUGCUGCAGCGGAACGGGUUCGACGCAGUCGGGGGACGUCCGAAAGUAAUAGAGAGGCGGCGCUGUCCAACGAGGCAACCGUUGUGCUGUCGACUGUGUCGAAGCUCGUUGCUGGCACGGUAACGUACCCGCUACAGGUACUGAGGAGUAGAUUGCAGUAUCACGAGGCGGAGAGGGUUUUUGGGAGGGGAUUAAGAGGAGUGGUUGGGCAGUUGUGGAGAGAAGAAGGGGUAAGGGGGUUUUAUAGGGGACUGGUGCCGGGGGUUGUGAGGGUGAUGCCGGCGACGUGGGUGACGUUUUUGGUGUAUGAGAAUGUGAAAUGGUAUCUGCCGAGGUGGAUUGGCGAGAGGGAGAUUAGAGUCGUUUAG